AUGCUUUGGGAAAAUCUUAAGCGGAAGGCGAAGGCGGCAUCAGCUAUGCAAGCAGAUAAUAAUUACGGCACAGGAGGAGGAAAAGCGAGGAAAGUAGUAGCUGAUCCAAUAGUAGACAUGGUUGUGGGGCUUAUUCGGCCACAUGUCGAACCCUUUCAUAAUAUAUAUGACGACAAUUAUGAAGAGGGUAUGAGCAACAUCACCACUGAUACUAAUGAGUUUGAAGAAAUUAUUGUAAAAGAUGUGUUAUGCCCUGAGGAUAUCAACAAUGAUUUAGAAGAUGAGGACAUUUCAUUGCAAAAUAAUUGGUCUCAAUACAAUCCUGCCAUGAUGAAGACUCAGAUAUCCGCUGCUCUUCGCCAGCCUCCAAAAGCAUCCCUACCAAUACCCUCCACUUCAAAAAUGUCAACUAAUAUAACUAAUGCUAAUAUGUCAAAGGACAUUCAGCCCAUAACUGUAUUAACUCCCCCAAAAAAUGUAGAUGGCAAAAAAGGAGUGUCACGAAGAAGACCAACUCUGAACACCACAUUAGCUUCAGAAACAUUUUUGGAAGCCAAAAAAUUAUCUCUUGAUGCAAUGAGUAGGGAUGCUGGAGAAGAGCACAAAGUGCAGAUGAAAAUCUUAAAAUUAAAGUUACUACAAGAGGGAGAAAAAUUAAAACAAGAAAAAAUGAAGACUGAAAUACUGAAACUCCAGAUCCAGCGUGAGACUGGAACAGAAUGGGUAUUUGACAGAAAUAAUGAGACUGAUAACAUAGACUGA